AUGGUGCAGCAGAACUUGACAGCGUUUUCGCACAGCGUGGACUUGCGUGGCCCACUGACGAAAGACAUUACUGCAGAGAGCUUUUCAGAGCGUUUGGUGCCCUUCACCUUGACUACUUGGCUUUGUUUGCUCUUCUUGUACUUGAUCUUCUUUGCGCACGAGAUGUAUGCUGCCAGGGUCAAACCACUCUGGGCGAACGAGCAGAAGGCCAGCAGCCUGAUGUUUCAAUCUUCCGUGCUCUUCUAUUGGUUUUACUGGUACGUCAACGAGGCGAUGCUGUUGCCUGUGACCUUGGACUUCGCUGUCAGCAUGGGCCAAAGCGCCACGAUGUCUGGCUUCUUCAUUAGCAGUUCUUUGAUCGCCUUGAUUCUGGGACUCUUCAUGGGCAAGAAGCUGGUGCCAGAAGCUUCGUUUGAUCAGCGCAGGGCACGUUCUUUGCUUGUGUGGUCCAACCUCGUUGCAACCCUCUUCAUGCUACUGGAAGCUGCCGUUUGCAACUCUGCGGUUCAUUGGAGCAUGCCAGCCAAAGGGGUGGUCUUUUGGGUGAUGAUUCUGAUCUCCCAAGCGCAUGGCUUUGUUGGAGCGUUGCCCUAUGUGCCGCUCAUGGUGAUGUGGGGCAAGUUCACACCCAAGAGUGAGAUGUCCUUCUGGAUGAUUCUGACCCAAUGUGUGCGGCAGAGUGGCCUCUUGGUCGGCCCAGCCAUCUUCGCGCUGGUGAGUGUCCUGGUGAAGGGUGGUUCGCCCAUUGCGCCUCCCUCGCUGAUGGCCUGGGUGGUUUUGGCACAAGCUGUCUUGGGACUGGCCUCGGUCUUGCUGAACGCCCUGGUCAUCCCGCAGCAGAUGCCUCCCCUGCCAGACGCUGACGCGGACGACGCGGAGGAACCGGAAGAUGUGACGCUGAGCAACGACCCGAAGACAGAGCGGUCGGUGGAGGAGUUGGAGUUGCCGCAGCGGCAGGAGGUGGUACAGGGCAUGAUCUUCUAUGCCUUCGAGCGUCAGUUGGUCACUGCCUCCAUUGAGGUCAGCACCAUCAUGCUUCUCGAGGUCUCCUACGGCUGGUCGGUGGAGCUGAGCGGGAUCGUCUUCACGGUGGUGUCCUUCACCGGCUUGGCUUUCGCUGGCCUCUCCACGUGGAUGAUCUCCCACCAGGUUUGCCAGGAGUCCACGGUGUUUUUUGCCUGCAAUGCCAUUGCGCUGGUGGGCGUGAUCUUCCUCUUUGACUUCGGCACCGGUGCGUUCGGCCUUCUUUUGGCCGAUGGCUUGGUCUACGGCUGCGCCAGCGUCUCCAACGGCAUUGCUGAGGGCUGGGCUUCCCGUGCUGCAAAGGAAGGCAGCGACUUCAGCAUUGAGGUUUACCGGACUUGGAACAUGUCUUUGGCCUGUGCCGCUCGUUUCAUGGCACCGAUGGUGGCCCGGACCGUCCUGGACUUCGGGGGGCGAAACCUCUACGCCGCCCUGCAGCUGGUGAUGGUGGCUUUGAGCACCAGCACGGUCUACAAAGUUGUGUCCAUGACUUGGGACCUGAGUCAUGAGGUCACACAGAAUGGCAAGGAAUCGGGCAAGGAGGUUUGA